AAAUAAUAAAGAAUCCAGAUCCUUCUUGUGGCACAUGACUGGAGAAACCAAAGACAGUUGACUGGAGAGGCAGUUCCUCUUCCUGUGAGGCCGCUGAAAUGACAGCAUUGUGAUAAGAGAGAGAACCCACCAUAAAAGGCCACACCCUGUGUGUCUUUCCUUCUGGCUAGGCAUUGUCCCUAACCGUCUACAAGGGUGCAACCACAGGAGGAGAUGCCAUGACUGGAACACUCACAGCUUUUGUCUGCCUUGGACUGACUCUGGGCCUCAGGAACCUAGCUGCUGCCUUGGUACUUCCAAAGCCUGCCAUCAGGGCUGAGCCAGGAUCUGUGGUUGCCAAAGGAUCUCAGGUGACCAUCUUAUGUGAGGCAACCUCAGGUGUUCAGGAUUACUAUCUUUAUCAUGGAAACCUAGAUUCUGUGCACACAAUGACCCCGAUUAAGCCUGGAAACAAGGCCAAAUUCCUCAUCCCACUUAUUCAAAGGUCCCAUGCCGGGCGAUAUCUGUGUUUUUGUUACAAGCCUCCUAGCUGGCUGGAGACGAGUGAUACCCUGGAGUUGGUGGUGACAGGGUAUUUCUCCAAAAAACCCACACUAUCAGCCCUGACAAGCCUUCUGGUUACUUCAGGAGAGAACAUGACCCUCCAGUGUGUCUCACGGGAGAGAUAUGACAGUUUUAUUCUGUCCAAGGAAAAUGAGACGUUCUCCAGGCCCCAGGACUCACAGCAUAUAAACUCUACUGGGAAGUUCCAGGCUCUUUUCCAUAUAGGUCCUGUGACAGUCAGUCACAGAGGAACGGUUAGAUGUUAUGGCUACAAGAAUAGUACCUAUGUGUGGUCUAAGCCCAGUGACCCCCUGGAAAUAUACAUCACAGGACAGGUUUUGGUCACACCUACCCUCUCAGUGUCCCCAGACCACAAAGUGUCCUCUGGAGCGAAUGUUAUCCUGCUGUGUCAAUCAUGGCAUCAAAUGGACAGUUUCCUUCUGUCUAAAGAGGGGCCUGCACACUCACUUCAGCAUUUAAGAUCAGUGUGGCAAGCUGGGCUAUACCAGGCAAAAUUCAUCAAAAACAAUGUGACCUUUACGGAUAGGGGCAUCUACAAGUGCUACGGAUCUCAAGACUCACUCCCCUACUUAUUGUCACACCCCAGUAACCAUGUGAAGCUUGUGGUCUCAGAAUCCUCUGAAGACCUCAAUUUCUCAUCCCAAGAGCCCAUUCCAACAUCUGCACUUGAAAGGUACCUGAAGGUUCUCUUUGGGAUAUCUGUGGCCUUCCUUCUGUUGCUUUUUCUUCUCACUCUCCUCCUUCUCCAAAUGAAGCGUCAAGAUAAACGCAGGAAAAAGGCUGCUGCCAUCCAUGAAGAAAACUUGUGUGAGAGAAAGAAGACCCUGGGGAGAGAGAUGUAUAAGGUCUCAGUUCACAGGGAUACUGAGGAGGUUCUGGUGUCCAAACUCUGAGGAACUAAAGCCUGACUAUAGACCCAGGACAUCACCACACUUCCCACUUUUCUCUCCCCAUCUUAUGCUUCACACAUAGGCUGAGUACAAUGUGGAGCUGAACAGUUGGGUGAUGUCCCUGUCUCCAACUGUAGUGCUAAUACUUACAGCCCAUAUUAGCCCAGAGGGCCUUUUUUGUUCUCUCUCUCUCUUGGGUCUCAGUGAUAUGCAGAGUUGAUCUCUCCCUUCUGCAAGCACCUGCCUCCUGUGUGUUAUGGCCUCACUCUCUCCUGAUUUUCCUGGGAGCACAUGACUCUUCUCUCCUCCCCCUUUCUGGCUUCUUGUCUUCUUUGUGGUUAUUGACAUGCUCCUGGGUAUCUCUGAAGGUCACUUGAAUAAAUGAGGCCAGAUGCUCUCAAUACCUCCAUUCACUCACUCACCCAGCUGUCACAAGAAACACCCUCUAGACCAGGCUCUCUGCAGGGGUUACAAUUAGAGCAAAGAGCAAACUCCCUAACCGUGAUGAGACAACAUGCCAAUGAGUGCACAAGGUAUGGAAACUAAGCAGAGGAAAGGGUGGAGUAUGUGGGGCAGUGAAGGCCUUGUGAAUGACAAGCGGUGACUGAAAGGUGUCAUCUGAGGGGAAGAGUGGAUGUAAAGGUCCACAGAGACAUUUAGUAGACCAGCACCUGCAGUCAGGGAACACAGCCGGGACACAGAACUGGAGUAGGAAGACAGGCUGUGUGAUUGCAGGCAAGACAGCAAGGGUGAGAAUGUCAGGAUUAAAGAUCAUGUGGUAGGGGUUCCCAAGAUCCAAGAAGAAAAACAGGAAACAGCCUGGAACCUGGCCGAUGUCUUGACCGUACGUGCUACCCUGCCAUUUUUCUUCUGCAAACACAUUUUCCUUUCCUUCCUCCCCCCAUGCCAGCUUUUAAACCCCCAUUCCAGAGUAAAGUAGCCAAUCAGAAUGUGAUUCACUCUAUAUGGGAGAUAAAGAAGAUGAAGAUGUAUAAACAUUCUGUUCUGGAUAUUUGGAUCUCUGUCUUUUAGGAGCAACCUUAUAGAGAUUGUGCUAGCAUACAAUAAAAAGUACUUCAUGUAAAGGAUCAUCAGAGUCCUAUUUCUCUAUUCAGAAAUUCUACAACAUUUCUUGGGGUUUCUAUCUAGAG